UAGAUCGACCAAGCUAAGCUAGCUAGUAGAGUACGAUGGGUAGAGCGGCGGUGGCGGCGACGUGCAUGGCGGCGGCCGUGGUGGCCGUGGCGGUGCUGGCCUGCACGGCGGUGCCGGCGGCGAGGGCGAUGGAGUUCGGCGAGAGGGACGUAGCGUCGGAGGAGGCGCUGUGGGAGCUGUACGAGCGGUGGCGCGGGCAGCACCGGGUGGCGCGCGACCUCGGCGAGAAGGCGCGGCGCUUCAACGUGUUCAAGGAGAACGUCCGGCUGAUCCACGAGUUCAACCGCCGCGACGAGCCCUACAAGCUCCGCCUCAACCGCUUCGGCGACAUGACCGCCGACGAGUUCCGCCGCGCCUACGCCGGCUCCCGCGUCUCGCACCACCGCAUGUUCCGCGGCGAGAGGCGCACGGGCUUCAUGUACGCCGGCGCCCGCGACGUGCCGGCCUCGGUGGACUGGCGGCAGAAGGGCGCGGUCGGGGCGGUGAAGGACCAGGGCCAGUGCGGCAGCUGCUGGGCCUUCUCGACGAUCGCGGCGGUGGAGGGGAUCAACGCCAUCCGCACCAGCAACCUCACGGCGCUGUCGGAGCAGCAGCUCGUCGACUGCGACACCAAGAGCGGCAACGCCGGCUGCAACGGCGGCCUCAUGGACAACGCCUUCCAGUACAUCGCCAAGCACGGCGGCGUGGCCGCCUCGUCCUCCUACCCGUACCGCGCCAGGCAGAGCUCCUGCAAGAGCUCGGCGGCGUCGUCCCCGGCGGUCACCAUCGACGGGUACGAGGACGUGCCGGCCAACGACGAGUCGGCGCUGAAGAAGGCGGUGGCGAACCAGCCGGUGUCGGUGGCGAUCGAGGCCGGCGGCUCCCACUUCCAGUUCUACUCGGAGGGGGUGUUCGCCGGGAAGUGCGGCACGGAGCUGGACCACGGCGUGACGGCGGUGGGGUACGGCACGACGGUGGACGGCACCAAGUACUGGAUCGUCAGGAACUCGUGGGGCGCCGACUGGGGGGAGAAGGGCUACAUCCGGAUGAAGCGCGACGUGUCCGCCAAGGAGGGCCUCUGCGGCAUCGCCAUGGAGGCCUCCUACCCCGUCAAGACCUCCCCCAACCCGGCGCCCAAGAACAUCCGCCAGCUCACCGACGACGACGACGACUACAAGGACGAACUCUAAUUAAUAAGCUCAUAUUAAUUGUUCGUUUUUACAGCAGUAACUGGCUAUACCAUUCGAAGGCGAUCGAAGUAUCAGUAACAAAAAUAAACAGUUCCUUUCAUUAAUUA